GGCAGAAAAUACUAACCAUGUCUGCAAACAACACAAAUACGAGGAAGAAAAUUCCCUCAUGUAACAUUUUAGAAAAGCAUGAAUCUCCGAAGGAUUUCUAAAAUACAGAAUUUCCUCAUGUCAUCAAGAGCUUUGUACUAAAAUGCCUUUAGUAGUGAUCUGUGGAUACCCGUGCAGUGGCAAAACCCAACGAGCUCAUGAUCUGAGAGAUUACUUCACGCAAAAUACAGAAAGAAAGGUUCAUCUUGUCGGAGAUGAAGCUCAGGGAAUUGACAGGAACUCUGUGUAUGCAGACUCGCAGAAAGAGAAGGACCUGAGAGGAGCACUGCGAGCUGAAGUGGAGAGGAAAGUCAAUAAAGAUGACAUUGUGAUUCUUGAUUCCUUGAAUUACAUUAAAGGCUACAGAUAUGAGCUGUUUUGUCUUAUCAAACAUACACAGACACCCCAUUGUUUGGUGUACUGUUUGACGUCAGCUGAAGUGAGCUCAGAAUGGAAUAAAGGUAGAGAGGUUGAUUCUCAGUACACUCAGGAAGUUCUUGAUGGUCUUAUACUGAGAUUUGAAGCACCUGAUUCGAGGAACAGAUGGGAUAGUCCACUCUUUACUAUUCAGAAAGAGGACUCACUCCCAUUUGAAGCCAUCUGUGAUGCGCUUUUCAAAAGAAAAGCACCACCACCUAAUCAGUCCACGCUAAGUCAACCGCUCUCAUCCACCAACUUUCUGUACGAGUUGGACAAAGUUACUCAAGAUGUCCUAAUGGCUGUUCUUGACUCACAGAAGACCAGCGUCCCAGGGGAUCUCAUUUCCAUUCCUGGAGCUAAAGAAAAGAUCAAACUCACAAGAAGUCUUAACAUGGUGGAGUUGAGGAAACUCAGACGCCAGUUCAUCAGUUAUACCAAGAUGCAUCCCACAGAGAACAUUGGACAGAUUGCCAACAUGUUUGUGCAGUAUCUUAAUAAGAGUAUGCACUAACAACUGUUCUUACCAUUGCAUUCUUUUUCAUUAUUAUUAUUGUUUAGGUCAUAUUUAUUGUUUUCAAUGUGCAUUUUAAUGGUGUAUAUCUUUUGAAUGCAAUAAAAUGUUA